AUGAAAUGUGAAAGUGACGAUGACGAAGAAGAACAAGAGUUUGAGAAGAUGAUGAUGAUAAUAAUGAAGAAGGCUUCACUUAUGGUGUACCGGAAUCAGGAACCACAACAACCAAUGGAAAAUCAGCCAUCAGUGCCGAUUGAGAUACCUACACAUAACCGACGAUCUAGGCAACAUGGUAACAGAGGUGGUAGAACUACUAAUAGAGGACGAAACCAAUCCAGCCGACAGACAACACAAACCCCGCGAAGAAGAGCUGUUAUGGACACACAUCUAACAAAUAUUGAGUCAUAUCUUGCAACUAUGCAAACUCCAAUCCAGAUGCUCAAUGCACGUAGCCAAGCGAAUGAAGAUUAUGAGCGUGAAUCUUGGUUGCAACUAAAUGAAUUACAAGGCAUAGAAAAAUUUACAGAUUUUUGGUGGGCAUCAUCGGAGAUUUUAAGAGACCCGUUCGAGCAAAAGAGUCCGUGGAAACGUCAACUUAGUGGUUCUAGCGGGCCAAGUAGUAGAGGAUCAUUUGGUAGUGGAUCUGGUUCUCCUGGCGUAGGAGGGUUUUCACAAUUCAGUAAUGCUGGAAAUUUCAACAUCGGAGGAACUUCAAAUUUUGGCAGGUGA